AUGCGCAGGAUUUUGUGUAAAUUGGGUUAUAUUUUUGCCACCUCAACUGUUCGCAGGCCAAAUUCAGCGUUUGCUCAACCCCAAGUGACAUUGGCAAGAACUAUAAUGACAAAAACUGACUUCGUUGUUCCACAAGCGGCUCCCUCGUGGAAUUUUACGCCUACUCAGGUCAUAGACAAGACAAACGAGGCAAUUACCUCUUCAAAUGAAUUUUUGGAUAAGCUAGAGUCAAUUACAGAGCCUUCUGUUGAGAACUUCGUCAAACCAUACAUUGAUCAUGAGAACACUAUCUCACCUUUAUUCAACCAGUUGACUUUUUUGCAGCAUGUUUCAGCGGAUAAAGAGUUGAGAGAUGCUUCCACGAAAGCUACUGAAUUGAUUGAAAAUUUUGGAAUUGAAUCCUCAUUGAGAUUUAAAUUGUUCAAACAAUUCAAUGCCGUUUGGAAGCAACUAAAGGACGACGCUAUCUUUAAAGAAAAAUCCUUUGAAAUAUAUAAGUUCGUUGAGAAGUGUCACAAAGACUUCCUAAGAGCAGGAUUGGACUUGCCUGAGGAAGAAAGAAACAAGGUGAAAGAAAUCAAAAAAAAGAUAUCUAACAACUCUUUAUUGUACUCUAAAAAUCUUGGCGAGCAAAAUGGCUUUAUUGCGUUCACAAAAGAUGAACUUGAAGGAGUAUCGGAAGAUGUCAUAAAACAAUUUAACACUUUCGAGGAAAAUGGUGAAACUAAGUAUAAAGUGACUUUCAAGUACCCUGACAUUUUCCCAGUUUUAAAGUAUGCAAAGAAUCCAGAAACUAGGAAGAGAGCUUUCGCCGGCGAUCAAAAUAAAGUUCCUGAAAAUGAAUCUUUAUUCUUAGAAACCCUUCAACUAAGAAAUGAAUUGGCUGAACUCUUAAAAUAUGAUACAUAUGCUAAUUACAACUUGGAUAUCAAGAUGGCUAAAAAACAAGAAACAGUUCUAUCAUUUUUAACCGAUUUAAAAGAGCAAUUGAAGCCACUUGGUCAAAAGGAGGUUGAAAGUUUGAAAAAGUUGAAAGAGGAAGAGUGUUCAGAAAUUGGUAUUCCAUUUGAUGGGAAGUAUUACAUCUGGGAUAACCGUUAUUACGAUACGCAAUACUUGAAAAAGAAUUUCCAAAUCGAUGAGGAAAAAAUUGCUGAAUACUUUCCUUUGGAUUCUACCAUCCAAGGUAUGCUUAAAAUCUAUGAAACAGUUUUGAAAUUGAAAUUUAACGAAGAAGAAAACACAGAUGCUUGGCAUCCAGAUGUAAAAAAGCUUUCUGUUUGGAAAAUGGAUGAUGAAGUUCCAGAGUUUGUUGGUUGGAUUUACUUUGAUUUACACCCUAGAGAGGGUAAAUAUGGCCAUGCUGCUAACUUCGGUAUUAGCUCGUCAUAUGUGAAAUCUGAUGGUUCCAGGUCCUACCCAGUUACUGCUCUAGUCUGUAACUUCUCAAAGCCCACGAAAGAAAAACCUGCUCUCUUGAAGCAUAGCGAAAUAACAACAUUUUUCCACGAAUUAGGUCAUGGUAUUCAUGAUCUUGUGGGCGGUAAUGCAAUUGGAAGGUUUAAUGGUCCAGGCGCAACCCCAUGGGACUUUGUUGAAGCACCUUCCCAAAUGUUAGAGUUUUGGACCUGGAAUAAGUCCGAAUUAAAAUCGUUAUCAAAACAUUUUGAAACGGGUGAAAAGAUUCCAGAUGGACUCUUGGAUUCAUUAGUUCGUACCAAACAUGUGAACGGAGCUUUGUUUGCAUUAAGACAAUUGCACUUCGGCUUAUUCGACAUGAAAGUGCACACAACUAAAGAUUUCUCUAAAUUGGAUGUCACUGAAUUGUGGAAUAAUCUAAGAGAGGAAGUUUGCUUGAUUGAUAAUGGAGACAUGAUGACCAAGGGCUUUAACUCAUUUGGCCAUAUUAUGUCUGACUCAUAUUCCGCAGGCUACUAUGGUUACAUGUGGGCAGAAGUUUUCGCCUCUGAUAUGUACUAUACUAGGUUCAUUAAGGACCCAUUGAACAGCGAGGCCGGUGUGCAAUACAGGGAUAUCAUUUUGAAGCGUGGAGGUUUGUACGAAAUUGAAGAUAAUUUAACAGAAUUUUUGGGAAGAAAACCAAACAACAAAGCCUUCUUAAAAGAAUUGGGCUUAUAA